CACCAACCGCUGCCUUUCACACACACCGAUGGAGCCGUCAUCGGAGAAAUACGAGAUUAUGAUCUUCCGUCCGACGAUGGACGAGUUCAAGGACUUCUCGGCCUACGUCACGUACAUGGAGAGCUGUGGAGCGCACAAGGCAGGCGUUGCGAAGGUCAUCCCUCCUGCUGAGUGGUCUGCAAGGCGUUCCUACGACGGCGUCGACGUGGAAAUUCCCGUUCCUAUCUCACAGUUCGUGUCUGGAGCGCAGGGUCUCUACAAGAUAUUCAACAUCCAGAAGAAGUCGUGCAGGUCGAGCGAGCUGAAGGCGUUGGCCGAGAGCGAUAAGUUUAAAGCACCAGAAACGGCAAACUUUGACGACUUAGAAAGACGAUAUUGGAAAACCGUGAUGUUCAAUCCACCGAUGUACGGAGCCGACGUUCCCGGCACUGUCUACGAUGACAACGUGAAUGUGUGGAACAUCGGCACGUUAGACUCGAUUCUCAGUCAAACGUUGGACGACACGUAUGGAGUGAAGAUACCCGGAGUCAAUACGCCGUAUUUGUAUUUUGGUAUGUGGAGAUCGACGUUUGCGUGGCACACGGAAGACAUGGAUCUGUACUCGAUUAAUUAUCUUCACUUUGGUGCACCGAAGACGUGGUAUGCUAUUCCUCCGGAGCAUGGACAGAGGAUGGAGAGGUUGGCGAAAGGAUUUUUUCCUGGAGACGCGAUGAGCUGUUCGUCAUUCUUUCGUCAUAAAUCCACGUUGAUAUCACCGUCAGUGUUAUACCAAUAUUCUAUCCCGGUGAACAAAGUUACGCAGGAGGCUGGUCAGUUUAUGAUUACGUUUCCGUUUGGUUAUCAUUGUGGCUUCAACCACGGCUAUAAUUGUGCCGAGUCGACCAACUUUGCUUUGGAAAGAUGGAUUGAGUUUGGCAUCAAUGCGUCUAAGUGUCAAUGUCGAGGCGAUAACGUCAGAAUUGAUAUGGAGUUGUUCGUUCGAAAAUAUAAACCUCAUCUCUUGAGUUCAUUAAAGAUCAGUGAACAGAAGAAUGGUUACAGUAACAAUAGCAGCACGUGUGAGCCGCCUGCAGAGAAAGCACAUAGACAACGUCGAUCGGUCGCUGGAAGGAGAGCGAAGACUCCCAGUGAUGAGAAUAGGAAAGUGGAAGAAGACGAGCGGGCGACCGUUGCGACAGCUAAGUAUCCGAAAGUUUCAGAGCCGUUCAGUAUGAACACUUUCUGGGAAGAGUGCUAUUUCAAUCAUGUUUGUUCACUCAGCAGCUCGUGCUGCAUUUGUGCGCUAUUCGAUCAGCCAAGGAAAAAGAUCCAUUACCCUCACGGUCCUGUCGAAUCACAGCAGCAAGUCAUGAAGCAGCUGUGUGCCCCAUCGCCUUCAAACUCGAUGAUUUCACAGACGAAUCUCACGUCAUUGAACUCAUCGUCCAGUCCUCAGCAGCAAGCGAUUAUCACUACCAUGCAGAACGUGUUGACGCAGUAUGCUGGACUGUCGAGUGCAACGAGUUUGGACUACGGUCAGAUUGUGGCGAUCGCCAUGGCAUUACAGUCACAAAACACGUCUCCCUCGGUAGCGACUAAAGGAGGGCAGUUGAUGCCUACGACGACUUCGGGUCAGUUACAAGCACAAGGAGUAGCGUCUGUAGCACAACCCUCUUCAUCAACAUCACGACCAGGCACGUCAUGCAACACAUACGAAGACGACUCAAACGACGACGAAUCACUUCUAUUCUGCUCGAUAUGCGGCAUAUGCGUUCACAGAGGUUGUUAUGGUGUAGCGAUGGACGAAAGUUCUGUCAGUUGGAUGUGCAAACGGUGCAAAUCGCAGGCUUGGGAACAGUGCUGUGUUCUGUGUAACUUGAGAGGAGGUGCACUGAAGCCGACGGCAUGCAAGAAGACGAGUUGGGCACACAUCACAUGUGCUGUCGCCAUUCCGGAGUGUUCGUUUGGUAAAUCGCAACUUCGAGAGCCGAUCCACGUCGACGCCAUUUCCACCGAUCGUUGGACGUUGAGAUGUCGUUACUGUGCACUGUCUGGUGGACAAUCCUAUGGGGCAUGUGUACAGUGUUCGUCGCCACGUUGUUGCGCAUCGUUUCACGUGACAUGUGCUCAUCGUAUGGGACUGCCCAUCUCGUUGGGAGAGUCAGCAAUCAUUGUAAGAUUUUACUGCUCAAAGCACAGCUACAUGGCGAUGUAUGCAGAGGCAAGGCCGUCGCUGAAGAUCAGUGUUGGAGAUAGAGUGGCAGCAAAACGGACAGCAAGCACAUAUGGCUUGGCUGAUGUUGUUUCCAUUACUCAGUCAAGGUAUUAUGAAGUUUUGUUUGAUGAUGGAUCAAUUAGUCACAAUGUUCAUCCGAAUGAUAUCAAGAACAUGCACUGUUCUCUUGAUGUAACACCUCAAGAGCAAGAGAGAGUCCAGGUUCUUUGGCCAGAUGGAAAACUCUACUGGGGAGCAUUUCUGCAGACAACCAUGCUACAAGAAUACGAAGUCAAGUUUGACGACGGAACAACUCGCCUCGUUGAUGACGAGGAGAUCUUUGAAGAGAACAAAGUACCAAAGAAACUAAAGCUUUCUCACGCUUCAAGAAACGGCAGUGGUAAGCCAAUCGGCGAGACUUUCGAUGGCAAUACUACAACAUCACUGAAAGACGAAGAGCAGUAGAUGAGAAUACGAGACCGCGAGGUCUGUGUGCAUAGAAAUUUUCACAUUGUCCGAUUGUAUAUGCAAAUAGGUCCGAUAAUAAGCAGAUACUAUGAUAGUAGAAGGUUUUUGGAAGGUUACUAUGGCAGUUCUGUGUUUCAUGUUUUCAGAUUAUGUUUACUGUAGUAUAACAUGUAACGAACAGAAUAGAGUUGUGUUGUU